UGUGACCUUCUACUGCGCGGCCUAGUCAGCCGGAGUGUUUCGUCUUUGUAAAGGAGACGAAGUCCUUGGGUGUUUGUUUUAUUAUCCAGAAGAGUUCUUCACGUUUUUGUUUAUUAAUGUACAAACUCUGAAGUAUUGCUUUGUACUUGCGAUGACCGGAGGGGCAAAUAUACCGACUUUGGAUGAACUAAAUGUUCAAGAGGUGAAUGUUUCAUCAGCUGUGCUAAAGGCUGCAGCUCAUCACCUUGGCUCACAAUGUGACAAGGCCAAUAAAGAAUUUAUGUUGUGUCGCUGGGAAGAAAAAGAUCCCAGGAAAUGCUUAAAGGAAGGGAAGAAGGUCAACGAGUGCACUUUGCAGUUCUUCAGGCAAUUAAAAAUGCACUGUGCAGAGCCUUUUACGGAAUACUGGACUUGUCUUGACUACUCUGGUUCAGCUGAGCUGCGGCACUGUAGGAAACAACAACGUGCAUUUGAUAAUUGUGUCCUAGAAAAACUAGGCUGGGAGAGACCCGACUUGGGUGACUUGUCAAAGGUCACCAAGGUGCAGACAGACCGACCAAUGCCUGAGAAUGUGUACCAUUCUAGGCCUAGACCAGAGCCCAAUCCUGUUAUUGAAGGAGACCUUAAACCAUCUAAAUAUGGUAGCCGAAUGUUUUUCUGGACCUGGUAAAUCCUUGAUUAUAAAUUUCCAGAUGGCAAAUGAUUUCAUGUCUUUGUCAUUAUGUAAAAAAUAUCUAUUCUGUUAGACAAAUAAAAAUUAAUCUUUAAGCUA